AUGCUCCAGCAAUUAUCCGCUCACAUGUGCAUAAAUGUCCCCCGUUCUUCUUCAGCGUUCGCCUUUAUUUUGAUCCUGCUUAUAGGUAUCAUGGACCCCUCUCAAGAGGGAGCAGAAUACCUUACUGCCGUAUUCGCAAAACUGGGAGUUCCCUGCAGAGUUGCGAACACAGUAGAGAAGGGGAAACACAUUUUAGCAACGGCCGAUAUGCCGGCACAGUAUAGCGUCUUUGAGGAAGCUCCAGUUGUUUCUUGGCCCUCACAGGGGUAUCUUACCCUUGGUGUUCCUUUCUGUCUGUUCUGUCUUCGCCAGAGAAACAACGCUGAUAUUGCGGAUGAAGGUGAACAUAACUGGAACAGUUGUGCUGGAUGUGGCUCCUUAUUUUGUUCCGAGAGCUGCCUCGCCUCUGCGGAAAUGCCUCACAGGGUCCUAUGCGGUGUGCUACAGGAACUUCGGAAGCGUGAAUGCACUGAUGGUUGUUGUAGGCCUAUCACAAAGGAGUCCUUAGCCAACUGUGUGGCGUGGGUUGUGGGCCGUAUCGCAGGGGCAAUAAAACAGCGACAAUUUAGUGGAAAGCUGCUUGAAGAAAAUCACAGGGAAAACGCCAAUAGUAUAUCUAGGCAACUCUUUCAUGUUGUGACCGCGCCUUUCAAUCGCUUUCUUGACGCCCCAAAAAAUGCUGAGUUCGCUGACGUGGACGCCAACUCUUGGUACGAAGAGAUCGACAAGUUGUUGCGGGAGCCUUGUCGCGCGGUCCUUCUACAGUCCGCCGCUGCACCACCAUCCAUUGGAGCAGAUUGGGCACUCGAGAUCGUUGACGGGUUGUUGCGUCAUGACACGCUCGAGAGGUUCCUUGGAAUAUUAACACUAAAUUCGCAAGGGUUGAAUGGUUUUGUUGCCGUGCCCGGUGCAGCUGGGGAUAUGGAUUCUCCUUCCUUACCCAUUACAUGGGUGCUGAAGGGUGGAGGCAUAUAUUCCUUGCAAUCUGCAUUUAAUCACUCCUGCGUACCCAAUGUCGCGGUGUUGGCAGAGGGUGGUACGCAUGAUAUAACACUGCGUACGCUUCGCGCAAUCAAGAAUGGAGAGGAACUGACCAUCACGUAUAUACCCGUAGAGAACACUACGCGUGCUGAGCGGCAAAUGAAAUUGGAAGGAUAUUUCUUCACAUGCCGGUGUCCUCUUUGUGAAGAGGAAGAGUGA